CUUGACCUCACCAAACCCAUUGAAGAUCAGGGCCCAUUGGAUGUGAUCAUACAUAAACUGACAGAUGUCAUCCUUGAAGCAGACCAGAAUGACAGCCAGUCACUGGAGUUGGUUCACAGGUUCCAGGAGUAUAUUGAUGCUCAUCCAGAAACCAUUAUCCUGGACCCUCUUCCGGCUAUUCGUACACUUCUGGACCGAUCCAAGUCUUAUGAGCUGAUUCGGCAAAUAGAGGCAUACAUGCAAGAUGAGAGGAUCUGUUCACCACCCUUUAUGGAGCUGACAAGUGCCUGUGGAGAAGAUACCUUGCAGCUUAUAGAGAAGAAUGGACUGGCAUUCCCAUUCAUUUGUAAAACCAGAGUGGCCCAUGGAACCAACUCUCACGAGAUGGCGAUCAUCUUCAACCAGGAGGGCCUGAAAGCUGUCCGCCCUCCUUGCGUCAUUCAGAGCUUCAUCAAUCACAAUGCCGUGCUGUAUAAAGUCUUCGUGGUUGGGGAAUCCUACACAGUGGUGAAAAGACCAUCUUUAAAGAACUUCUCUGCGGGAAUCUCAGACAGAGAAUCAAUAUUUUUCAACAGCCACAAUGUUUCAAAGCCGGAAUCCUCAUCUGUCUUGACAGCACUGGAUAAAAUCGAAGGAGUAUUUGAGCGGCCAAAUGACGACGUCAUCCGGGAAAUCUCUAAGGCGCUGCGGCAAGCUCUGGGAGUUUCCCUCUUUGGAAUUGAUAUCAUCAUUAACAAUCAGACUGGGCAGCAUGCAGUCAUUGAUAUAAAUGCAUUCCCAGGUUAUGAGGGUGUUUCCGAAUUCUUCACAGAUCUCCUGAACCACAUAGCUGCUGUCCUGCAGGGUCAGGCACCUGAGGUGACCCAGCUAAACCGCAGCAAGCUCCUGUCAGAGCAGACCAGCGGGAUCAUGGACGAGCGGAUAUGCUGCACUAGCACAGGCUGUCUCAGCGUCAUGGGAAAAGACUCCUCCUGGAUUGUGGAGAGCGAGACCAACAGCUCAGUAAAACUGCAACACCAGAGACUAGGCUGCAACUCAGCAGUGUCCCCCAGCUUCCAGCAGCACUGCGUCGCUACGUUGGCAACAAAAGCUUCUUCUCAAUAACUUGCCAAUGCCAUGGACUGAGAAAAAGCCACAGGGAUACAAAUUAUGGUCCCAGAACCAGAUCAGGCUGUAACAAUACAAUUACAAAAAAUGAAAAACAAAAAA